GUCAGCCCAGGUGUCUUCGUCAGAGUUGCUAGUUGGCCCUGCCAGUACUUUAUUGCCUGACCUCGACUCACACGUCCAGGUUUCCAGCAGUUUUCAAGCAGCCCAUUCCCAUCGCCCGCCCUAUCUAUACUCUGAUCCGUCACGACCAAUCCCUACGGCAAGGACUAUGGAUCGUAGUCUCGACGAAAUCCUCGCCGCUCGCGACGACCGCAAGGGCGGCAGACCUCGUGGCCGUGGAGGUCACGGAGGUCAACGACGGCGAGAACCCCGCGAAGACUUCCCUCGUGAUGGCGUCAGAAAGUCCUACCGCGACGAUGCUCCCAGAAACCUCGACUCUGAAUGGGUCCACGACAGAUUUGAAGAAAAUGGUCGCAAGCCACGCCAGUCACGACGGGGUCCAGAAAGAGAUGAGCCCGAUGACCUUGCUGAAUUGAACGGUACAAAGAUUCGCGUCGAGAACGUUCACUACGAGCUCAGCCGGGAGGAUUUGGCGGGGCUUUUCAACCAAAUUGGGCCGGUACAGAAACUCGACGUCGGCUACGAUCGUGCUGGCCGCUCUACUGGAGUGGCGUAUGUCACUUACGAUUCAUACCACGAUGCUCGGGAGGCUAUCCGGGAGUUUGACGGUGCUAAUGCUCAUGGCCAACCAAUCCGCCUAUCGAUCGUUCCUCCCCGACGCCAGCGCAACCCCUUCGACAACGCAGUUAUGCCAGGCCGACCCCUGGCCGAGCGUGUCACCGUUCCGCCCGGGCGCAACCGUUCAAUCUCGCCGGACAGAGAUCUAGAGGACGAAGCAGCCCGUAAAGGCAUCGACCGUUAUGUGCCCGGUGGGCGGAGGAACCGCUCUCGAAGUCCAAUGCGUGGCCGGAGACGUGAGGGUGGGCGCCGUCCCGGCGCACGGCGCGGUGAGAGCGGUGCUGGUGGAAGAGACGGCGGAGAGCGCAAAGCCAGAGACGGACGUCCGAAGAAGACUCAGGAAGAGUUGGACGCGGAGAUGGAGGAUUACUUCGGCGGCGGCGGCGACGCCCAGCCAGCGAGCAACAACAACAGCCAAGCUGCGGCAGCCCAGGCCGCUGAGGACGACAUCGACAUGAUCGAGUGAGGGACAGAGAUGAACAUGAGGGCGCUGAGAGUUUUGGAGGGCCUGAUAUCAUCUAUAGCCAGCAACGCUGCCGACCAUUGUUGGAGCAGCGGGUGGUUCCGCAGAGCUUCAAGAGAAACCACGGUUUUCCGUGAUUGAAGACGAUUAAAGUUCUGUCGUAACCCUACGUGCCAAUCAUAGUCGAUGGAACCGAACAAAACCAUGCCUUGUCCCGCCCGUUAUAUCACAAAGCAAAGAGCACCUCCAGCGCCAAGUGACGAAGCCGACCGACCCUCACCGCCCAAGUCUAGAACCUCAAGAUUAAGAAAAGAAGACUAUAUAGUAAGUAUUACACACAACCGAACACUACACCAUUAGUUAAACAGCUCCAGGGUGACGUCGCCGUGGAUGCUGGCCUUCAGCUCAAUCUCGAUGUCCAGGUUGAGCUUCAGCUCCACAGCCAGCGCGGCCUUCUUGCCCCCAGCGGGCAGUGCCGGCGCGGAGACCGGGCCCCGUGGCACAAACUCGAUCUCGUCCUCCUCCCCGCCCUGCCCGUCGUCGUCGUCGUCGUCGUCGUCGUCGUCGUCAUCUAUCCUUCCCGCUGGGACCAUCUUCCUCGGCGCGCGGGGUACGACAGCCUGGGUCGGCGGGAUGGGCACGGGCGCGGGCCUGCUGCGCCUCGCCGACGACGACGGCGGCACCGGCGGCCGCCUGGCAGAUGUUUGCGGUGUGGCGCGCCCGGAGGACGGCGGCGCGUAGGGCUUCCAGGGCCCGGCGGAGGAGGCGGUGGUGGAUGAAGACGAGUACGACGAGUCUGUUGUCUCUGCCGCGCUGGCGAGGUCCGCCACGGCAGGCGGCGCCGCGAGGGUGCGGGACCUCGCCGGCCGGGGCGUCCGCCCUGGUGUCUGGUGUGGCUGUGUCGGCGCCUUGUUGCGCCGUUGUGGUUGGCGGAGGGGCGAGGGCUGUCGCUGCGUGGGUGGUGUGGGCAGGUAGGAAUAACUGUCUUGGCGGUAUGCGUUGUCGUCGGCGUCCUCGUAGCUUGGCGCCGAUGAGCCUGUUGUUUCUGAGGGUUUCUGGGCUGUCCUUGUCCUGCUGCUAUUUUUUGUUUUUGGGUUCAAGGGCCUGGGUGGUGGUCUUUUGACGUUUUUGCCCCCGUUCUUGGUAUCAAUGUUCCUGUUAUUCCUUGGCCGUGGUGGUGGUGCUGCCUCAUCCUCACUUUCCUCUUCAGACCCUGCUUCUUCUUCUUCUUCUUCUUCUGAAUCACCCGAUUCCCCCUCUGAAGAAAUCUCAUCCUCGUCUUCUUCCUCGACUGGUUGUUGCGGCCGUCUCCUCCUCGUGCGCUCGCUGUCUGGUCUCGCCGCCGGUGAUGACGCAGGUGGUGUAGGGGCCAUUUCCCCGGUUUUCGUGUAAGUGGCCGUGAGGAGGGUUCGGGGUGGGGCGAGUACAUGUACCUCACAGUAGGUACAAGCACUUCAAAUGUUAUUCACACCCGUUGUGAUUGUGGUUCAGGUGCAUCGUUAUGGGGACAUCAUUUUCCGAAUGGUUGGUACGAUGGGGAACUGUCGAGCUGCGGGUUGUUUAAAAACGGCAAUCCCCAGACUCUAAUACCAU